AUGAAGGUGGAGGAGGAAAAGGCUGAGGUAGGGAAGCUGGACCCCCCUAACUACAGGAGGCGAUGUCAGGAUCAGGAAGACUGCCGUUCCAUCCACAUUGGGCUUUCAGUCCCCAGUUACCCUCACAGGAAAAGAGACCCGAAGGGACAUCUUUCAGGCCUGCAAAAGGUCCGCUGGGGCUUGAGGCCAGACAAGCCGCAGCAGGGGCUGGCCAGUGCCUGCAGCACUAUGGAUCAUGUCAUCAGGACACGGUCUCCAGCUGCUGAGCAGCUCCAGGACAUCCUGGGGGAGGAAGAUGAGGCUCCCAACCCCACCCUCUUCACAGAGAUGGACACUCUGCAGCACGAUGGAGACCAGAUGGAGUGGAAGGAGUCGGCCAGGUGGAUAAAGUUUGAAGAGAAGGUAGAGGAAGGAGGCGAGCGCUGGAGCAAGCCCCAUGUGUCCACACUGUCCCUGCACAGCCUCUUUGAGCUCCGGACCUGCCUGCAGACGGGGACGGUGCUGCUGGAUUUGGACAGCGGCUCCUUACCACAGAUCAUAGAUGAUGUCAUUGAAAAGCAAAUCGAGGACGGCCUCCUUCGGCCAGAGCUCCGAGAGAGGGUCAGCUACGUCCUACUGAGGAAACACCGUCACCAAACCAAGAAGCCCAUCCACCGCUCCUUGGUUGACAUUGGAAAGUCAGUCUCCUCCACCACCAAUCGCAGCCCAGGCCGGAGCCCCGCAGCGGGCCCCAGCCUACACCACUCCACCGAGGACCUGAGGAUGCGGCAAAGUGCAAAUUACGGCCGCCUGUGUCACGCCCAGAGCAGAAGCAUGAAUGAUAUUUCUGUCACCCCAAAUACAGACCAGCGGAAAAACAAAUUUAUGAAGAAGAUCCCCAAGGAUUCAGAAGCCUCCAAUGUGCUCGUGGGCGAGGUGGACUUCCUGGACCAGCCAUUCAUUGCCUUCGUGCGUCUCAUCCAGUCAGCCAUGCUGGGAGGAGUGACCGAGGUGCCUGUCCCCACCAGAUUUCUGUUCAUACUGCUGGGACCUUCUGGGAGAGCAAAAUCCUACAACGAAAUUGGCCGUGCCAUUGCAACCCUCAUGGUAGAUGACCUCUUCAGCGACGUGGCCUACAAGGCCAGGAAUCGGGAGGAUCUGAUCGCGGGGAUUGAUGAGUUUCUAGACGAGGUCAUCGUGCUCCCCCCUGGAGAGUGGGAUCCAAAUAUCCGAAUUGAGCCACCCAAGAAGGUGACUUCUGCUGACAAGAGGAAAUCCGUGUUCUCCUUGACUGAGCUAGGUCAGAUGAACGGCUCUGUGACUGGAAGCGGCGGAGGGGCUGGAGGCGGCGGCGCUGCAGGUGGCGGCGGCAGUGGGGCCGGCGGAGGGAGCAGUGGGGAUGAUGGAGAGAUGCCAACCGUGCACGAGAUCGGGGAAGAGCUCAUCUGGACAGGAAGGUUCUUCGGUGGCCUGUGUCUGGAUGUCAAGAGGAAGCUGCCCUGGUUCCCAAGUGACUUCUACGAUGGCUUCCACAUUCAGUCCAUCUCUGCCAUCCUAUUCAUCUACCUCGGCUGCAUUACCAACGCAAUCACCUUUGGUGGGCUUCUGGGGGAUGCCACUGACAAUUAUCAGGGAGUAAUGGAGAGUUUCCUGGGCACUGCCAUGGCUGGCUCCUUGUUCUGCCUCUUCUCGGGACAGCCUCUCAUCAUCCUCAGCAGCACAGGGCCCAUCCUCAUCUUCGAGAAGCUCCUCUUCGACUUCAGCAAAGGCAAUGGCCUGGACUACAUGGAGUUCCGCCUCUGGAUUGGCCUACACUCAGCUGUCCAGUGCCUUAUCCUGGUGGCCACAGAUGCCAGCUUUAUCAUCAAGUAUAUCACCCGCUUCACUGAGGAGGGCUUCUCCACCCUCAUCAGUUUCAUCUUCAUCUAUGAUGCCAUUAAGAAGAUGAUUGGUGCCUUCAAGUACUACCCCAUCAACAUGAACUUUAAGCCUGACUCUAUCACCAUCUACAAAUGCGAGUGCGUCGCCCCCGACACAGCGAAUACAACCGCAUUCAAUGCUUCAGCCACGUCGCCACCAAACACCAACACUUCUCUGUACAACCCCCUUAACCUCACAGCGUUGGACUGGUCACUGCUGAGCAAAAAGGAGUGUUUGAACUAUGGUGGGCGCCUACUUGGGAAUUCCUGCCAGUUCAUCCCAGACUUGGCACUCAUGUCCUUCAUCCUUUUCUUCGGGACAUACUCCAUGACCCUGACCCUGAAGAAGUUCAAAUUCAGCCGCUAUUUCCCUACCAAGGUUCGGGCCCUAGUAGCUGACUUUUCCAUCAUUUUCUCCAUCCUGCUGUUCUGUGGAAUUGAUGCCUGUUUUGGCCUGGCAACCCCCAAGCUGCUCGUGCCCAGUGUCAUCAAGCCCACGCGGCCUGAUCGAGGCUGGUUCGUGGCCCCCUUUGGGAAGAACCCGUGGUGGGUGUACCUGGUAAGCAUCCUGCCCGCCCUGCUGGUGACCAUCCUGAUCUUCAUGGACCAGCAGAUCACGGCCGUCAUAGUCAACCGGAAGGAGAACAAGCUGAGGAAGGCUGCUGGCUACCAUCUGGACCUGUUCUGGGUGGGCAUCCUCAUGGCUCUCUGCUCCUUCAUGGGGCUCCCCUGGUACGUGGCUGCCACGGUCAUCUCCAUUGCCCACAUCGACAGCCUCAAGAUGGAGACGGAGACCAGCGCCCCUGGGGAGCAGCCGCAGUUCCUGGGGGUCAGGGAACAGAGAGUGACCGGCACCAUUGUCUUCAUCCUGACAGGGAUCUCUGUCUUCCUGGCUCCCAUCCUGCAGUACAUCCCUUUGCCAGUGCUUUAUGGAGUCUUCCUCUACAUGGGUGUGGCCUCCCUGAAUGGCAUCCAGUUCUGGGAUCGCUGCAAACUCUUCCUGAUGCCGGCCAAGCACCAGCCGGACCACGCCUUCCUGCGGCACGUGCCCCUGCGCCGGAUCCACCUCUUCACCCUGGUGCAGAUACUGUGCUUGGCUGUGCUCUGGAUCCUCAAGUCUACGAUGGCCGCCAUCAUCUUCCCAGUCAUGAUCCUGGGCCUCAUCAUCGUUCGAAGGCUUCUGGACCUCAUCUUCUCCCAGCAUGAUCUGGCCUGGAUUGACAACAUCCUUCCAGAGAAGGAGAAAAAGGAGGCAGAUAAGAAGAAAAGGAAAGGGGCCCAUGAGCACAGUGACGAGGAGCCCCAGUUCCCUCCUCCCUCAGUUAUAAAGAUUCCCAUGGAAAGUGUCCAAUCAGAUCCCAAAAACUGUAUCCACUGCGUUGCCAGACAGAGACCUUCCAGUUGGAGUCACUCACUCUGA